CGACCCUAGUAACCAAACAGAACGAAUGGUACAAACAGCCAUCAUGAGGACGCUUAUUGCCCUUGCUGUGUUAGCAUGUGUGUUAGUUAAUAGUACAGGCCGCGAGAUCGGCCAGCAGGAGGCGGACCUGGAGGUAGCUGCCAGUCACCAUAAAGGUCACCACCACGAGGAGGGCGGUGGUAAAGAGCAUCACGCGGAUCACCACCAUGAGCACGGCCACAAAGGGCACAAGGGCCACAAGGGACAUCACCACCACCACAAAGGUGAACACGGCGAACACCACAAGCACCACCACGAAGGUCACCACCACGAGCAUGGCGGCGGGCACAAGAAACACUGGGACGAACACGACCACCACGGAAAACACCACGAGCACGGCCACCACCACAAGGGCGGCAAGCACGGACACAAGAAGCACCACGACAAAGGUGAAGAGGUCGAAGGCUACCAUAAGAAAUACCACAAGGACGAAUACCAUAAAGAUCAUCAUUUCUACGACGACCACCACAAGGAAGGCAAGCACCAUAAACAUGGCCACCAUCAUGGACAUCACGAUAAGAAGGGAGGCCAUCACAAGAAAGGCGGGCACCAUCAUUCAGGACACCAUGAGGGCCAUCAUGGCAAACACCACCACCACGACAAACACCACCACGACGAAGACCACAAGGGUCACAAGGGACACCAUGGCCACGAGGAACACCAUCACCACCAUCACGACCAUGGCAAGAAAGGCGGCCACGAAGACCACAAGCAUUGGGGAUUCCAUCACGGCAAACAUUGACACUCCUGCCAUUAAGAUAUUUGUUAUAUCUGUUUUGUUAUACUCGUUACCUCUUUGUAAAUAAAUGAUACUUGACUGAAAACGUUUAUUUAUAUAGCAGAAAAUCAAAUUCGUAAUAAAAUAAAUCACUGGAGAGAGUAUAAGUAUUAUAAUAUAUUACUUAACAAAAACAUAAUUAGAUCACUGUUGCUAAAUGAAAACCGAUAUACAUUUUUUGUCGCCACUGUUUAAUUAUAGGACGCAGACUUGGUCAACAUUUUUUAUACACGAAUUGAAUUAACUACUGGGUCACAAAAAUUCAUCACGUGUACUGUACUCUCAAAAGUGUUAAAAUAAACAAAAAUAUAAAAAUAAUUUACCAUGGCUAUUAUUGGCUUUGUAACGGAACUAAUUGUGUCGGAGCGUAGAACGAUGUCGUCAGAUUACGGUCGCAGUCAGUCGCACAGAAAUCAGCAGCAACUAUUGCCAAAGAUCACUCUGUAAUCGACGAUAGAUGAAAGCGUUGUUAUCUAUAAAUUCAAAGUGCGGAAACUCUUGUGUCACUUCGGUCGUAACUUCUUAGACUCGCGUUCGUCGAUCAACCACGAUGAGGCUCCUCCUGUUGUUACAACUGGGAGCAUGCGUGCUAAUAUCCACAACAGCUCGAAAUUUAAACGAAGUAAAAGGCGAUAAGGGUGUUCAAGAUGCUGUCGCCGUAAUAGCGCCAACAGGCGGCGAUGCAGUUGUAGCAGCAACGGUGGUGGACCAGGCCUCGGCUGGUACUGAGCACAAGAAGGCUAAAGACAGCCACCACGAGGAAGGCGGCGGCCAUGAACAUCACGCGCACCACCACAAAGAGGAAGGAGACAAGGGAGAAAAGGGGUACAAGUCACACCACCACCAUGAUAAGGGUGAACAUGGACACCACGAUAAGCAUCACCACGAAGGCCACCAUGAUGAACACGGAGGCCACAAGAAGAAACACCAUGAUGAGCAUGACCACCACGGAGAGCAUCACGAGGCAGCUCAUGGACACAAAGGUGGUAAAUUCGGGCACAAAAAGGGGCACAAAAAAGGCUCCAAAACUACUGGCUUCCACCACAAAUCUCAUAAAGACGAAUAUCAUAAGGAACACAAGUUCUACGACGACUUCCACAAGGGAGGACACCACCACAAACAUGGCGACUUCCACGGACACCACGACAAGAAAGGAGGCCAUCACAAGAAGGGAGGUCAUCACGAGAAGGGUCAUCACGAGAAACAUCACGGCAAAAAAGGUCACCACGACAAAGGGCAUUACGACGAAGACCACAAAGGCCACAAAGGUCACCAUGGCCACGAGGAACACCACGCCCACCACGAAGAACACGGCAAAAAGGGAGGACACGCCGGCGGCAAGGAACACGGUUACUCCCACGCGAAGAAAGCGUAGCUCUACAACACUGGCGCAGUUUAUUUUACCUUUCUUUCUUGUUUAUUUUUUCUGUCUGAAACGAGUCAUUUUUUAUAAUGGUAAUUUUUAUAAGUUAAUUAUUUAAUUUAUAACUAGGUACAUACUUAGCAUCUAAACUUUUGUAUUACCAUCUUGGGUUUACAAAAGAUGUGACAAUUCUUUAGUGCACUCCAUAAUUGUUAAUUGUUACCUAAUGUUGAAAUAAUAAUGAAGUGUUA